CUAUCCCAUCGAGUCGGCUGCACUGAUCGAUUCCAUCACUCUCUCUCUCUCGCCUGCUCGCGGUUGCCUGUGCGUUCGUCUCGCGAUUUCUCCUCCUCCUCCUGGGAUCAUGGCGAUGUGGAGGGCGGCGGCGGGGCAUCUUCUCGGCCGCGCGCUCGGCUCCAGGGCCGCGCACACAUCAGCAGGCAGCAAGAAGAUCGUGGGUGUGUUCUACAAGGGCGGCGAGUACGCCGACAAGAAUCCCAACUUCGUCGGCUGCGUGGAGGGCGCUCUCGGCAUCCGCGAAUGGCUUGAGUCCAAGGGGCAUCACUACAUUGUCACCGACGACAAGGAGGGGCUAAACAGCGAGCUGGAGAAGCACAUUGAGGAUAUGCAUGUCUUGAUCACCACCCCUUUCCACCCAGCCUAUGUUAGCGCAGAAAGGAUCAAGAAGGCAAAGAACCUCGAGCUGCUUCUCACAGCUGGGAUUGGGUCAGAUCAUAUUGAUCUGCCAGCAGCUGCUGCAGCAGGUUUAACUGUGGCAGAGGUUACCGGAAGUAACACUGUGUCGGUGGCAGAAGAUGAGCUCAUGCGCAUUUUGAUUUUGCUCAGGAACUUCUUGCCCGGGUAUCAGCAGGUUGUUCAUGGUGAAUGGAAUGUUGCUGGCAUUGCCUAUAGGGCUUAUGAUCUUGAAGGAAAAACUGUGGGGACUGUUGGGGCUGGUCGUAUUGGCAGGCUCUUACUUCAGCGUCUUAAGCCCUUUAACUGCAACCUGCUGUACCAUGACAGACUUAAAAUUGACCCAGAACUUGAGAAAGAAAUUGGGGCCAAAUAUGAAGAGGAUCUCGAUGCUAUGCUUCCAAAGUGUGAUGUCAUUGUGAUCAAUACACCUCUUACAGAGAAAACAAGAGGUAUGUUUAAUAAAGAAAGAAUUGCAAAGAUGAAGAAAGGUGUAAUCAUUGUGAAUAAUGCUCGAGGAGCAAUCAUGGAUACCCAGGCGGUUGCAGACGCUUGCUCUAGUGGUCAAGUUGCAGGAUAUGGUGGUGAUGUCUGGUUCCCCCAACCAGCACCAAAGGAUCACCCAUGGCGAUACAUGCCUAAUCAUGCCAUGACCCCUCAUAUCUCUGGGACUACAAUUGAUGCACAGCUGAGAUACGCAGCAGGAGUGAAGGACAUGCUGGACAGGUACUUCAAAGGGGAAGACUUCCCGGUGCAGAACUACAUCGUCAAGGAAGGUCAGCUCGCGAGCCAGUACCAGUAAUAACCCUUCCUUGUGUGUUGGGUGUCCAUCCUGUGGCCACCUUCCCGCAGUGAAGGGAAACAGAGAUUCGGAUAGGAACCAAAACACCUUGUGUUGUUGUUGUUGCCUGAGUGUUCCCUGAGAAACUAUUGGACACCGGAAAUAAUGGAUGCCUGCCAUGGCAACCAUGGCUCCGAAGAAUAAAAAGCCCUCGGAUUAAACAGUUCAGUUCAGUUCGUCUAUGUAUGAUCUUUUAUGUGCUUUCUGCUCUCUGUUUUUGAUGUGAAUUUUCUGGUCCAGUACUCCAGUUGCACAUAACAAUUGUACUUGUACCUGAGUACCUCCAUGCCAGGGGCCGGGGGCACCCUUUGCCUUACUGCCUCGGCAGUCGGCUGGAGGGCUGCAGUCUGUUAUCUAUGGAAUCUUUGGUUAGUUGUUGCCUAAA